AAACUUAGUGUUCAGAGUAUUUCAGUAUGCUUAGUUCCCAUUGUUGUUGAAGAAAAAAAAAAAAAAAAGCCUUAGGCCCAAGUCUGCUGAGUUUUUCAUUGCAACACAUGCAAACAGCUGUUGGCCUAGAAUAACAAUUCUUAGAAUAUACAGUCAGUGUCCAUGAAGCAGUUCAGCUGGGUGGCCUCGUGGUUUCAAAGGACAAAUGAGCACAAUAACAUUUAGUUUGAACUGUUCAAUCUAUCGCAGCACAACGAUAGCUUGAGAGUAUUAUAUCAGUGUCUUUUUCAAACACUACAGUAUGAGCAUGAAGCAUGGCAAGAAAAUGCAGUGUGCUCAACAUUUAGUCUGUUGGUGCUGUUAACAGACCUAUAAUUGAUUGAUUGAUAUAUAUUGUGGUCUUAAUAUUAAAAUAAAUAAUGAUACACAGCAGAAAAGGGGGAAUAUUCCUUAUUUCUUUUUGCAUUGUAGCAUCUGCACUAAUAAUGAUGUUUAAAGACAAGAAAUAGACAAGGAAAAGGUGAGAAAGAAAUAUCAGGGUGUCACAAAGGGAGCAUGCAGUCAUCAUUGACCGCAGCUAAAGGGAAGGGCAGAUAUCAAGGUGUUAUCUCAUAUGUUCACCUGGCACAACAAACAAAACAGUCAAACUGCAAUGUUUUCAUGUUUGAAACAUGCAGGUAAAUUUAACUGUUCUAUAUUACACUGUGUAGACUCUUAAUUUGCAUUCCAGGAGUUUAUAGGCAAAUUAUGUCAGCGAAUGCAACAUACCUUUUUAUUUUUGCGAUAAAAUAUGUUGGCAGCAUAGUAAAAGAGCAUAACAGCAAAGUAAAGCUAUUUUUCAGUGUGACAAAGGGUCAGUUUCACUUGUAUUUGGAAGACUGAUCAUACACAGUGUUAAGGACAGUGGAGAGCCCAGAAGAGCUGCCCUAAGUAAAGGCAUGAAGACUGGAAUAAAAUGAUCAGGCCAAAGAACACAGAGCUUUCUUGAUUAGACAAAUGAGUGUAGUAAUCUAAGAGUCAAUUUAUGGAUUGUGAAUUUACAUGAAGUGAUUUAAUAACCAGAAUGUGAUUGUAAUGAUGAUUCUGUGGAUUAAAAGUAUAAAAGGUUGGAAACUGUUGAAUGUGUCCUUUGUGAAACAACCGGCUGUGUGGAUCAGAGCAGAGUGAAGUAAUUGUGUUACUAUUGACCAAAUAAGGAAGUGUAUCCUGUCAUAUAUCAUGUGCAACUGGGUGAGAGGAUGUUUGAAAAGGAGGAUGGCUCAACUCGACAGAGCAACUCGAGGCUUCAAGUUGGUAUUCGACAUGGGACUUCGUCCAGUACUCAGCUAAGGACAUAGGACAUCGUUCAGGACAAGCAUCGAAGGACUUUGUCUCUGCUCACAGCAAAGAGAACACAGAUCGUGAGAAGGAAGUGGCUGACGGAGUUUCUCAUUUCCCCCCCUGCAUGUGCAGGAGAAGAAGGAUACUGUUUUCUGUUACUUUCUACGAGCCCAAGAGGAUCGCAGAAGAAACUUCUUUUCCUUGGAAGGAGGAGUUAUUGAGAGUCAUCUUCUCCUUCACCACAAAGGAUUUACUCCACAAAAAAGGACUUUCACCCAGCCUCAGCUCAGCCAGCAGAGAAGGCCUUGCAGGCCCUGACGGCCCACCACUGAGGAAACGACUGAUAGAUAGGGCCCUGAGGAGGAGCUCCCGAUUGUGAGUCUAAGGCAGACUCCCUCACCCCAAAAGAAGACGACAAACUCUCCAGUGGCACCCGUCGACGACACUAAGAGGGGUGCUGUACGCGUGAUGGAGGAGACCACGGUGGUCCCGGCACCCGAGGCCGGGUAUGGAGACAUGCACAUGGGGCCUAGCAGAGGUGUUCAGAGAGCCCCGUACAGACAGGUAGCAGAAUGGAGGAGAAAAAUUCAGGAUCCCAGCCCCAGCGGAGUCAGCGGGGUGAAGCCCAAGACUCCUGCAAGGUCACCUCGGGAGCCACCUCGGGAGCCACAUCCAGAGCCACCUCCACCAGAACAGGAGGAGGACGGGGAAUCGGAUUAUGGAGCUGAAAAUGAGGACGCUGAGGGGACAGACGGAGAGCAAAGCCUGACAUCAGUCGACUACAAGGAACCAGACAAGGUAAAAUAUCUGACAGUGGGGAGCCAGAAAGGGAAUAAAAAACCUGUACCCCUUCACUCGGUGUGUUCAACUUCUCAGAAAAUUGCUAGAGAUGCCCGCUAUGGUCCCAUGGUCACUAACGACGGGAGAAAAGCCUAUGCACCAGAAGUUGGCCAGACAGGCUAUGAUUUACCAGAAAUCUGGUUGGACCGGAUCGGGGAAAUGCAAGGACUGAAGGUUAAUGCCACAUUGGGAGAGUGGGCUAAUUUUUUGAUGACACCAACCUACGCCUCACUCGCGGCCCACACAGAGCAGAAUUUUAGAACAGCCUUUUUGGCUAUUACACACGAUGUCAUGCUACGACGCCUGAAAAAAGCAGCCUAUACGUUUGCCAAGGAAACUGAGGAGGCAGAACAAGAGGAGCCACCAGCAAAAGGGUGGUACAAGGCAGUGGACAUUCCAGGAGUAACCAGGCAGAAAGUCCAGGAAAGCGACCUUUCUCCGGAGGGAAAAGAGGAGCUAAAAGACAUCCUGUCCAAAGCCAGUGUGGCUAGGUUCAAGAAUGACUGCGGGGAUUUGGGUGUGAAGUAUACCCACACAAUACAAGGGGGUGUUCAUCCACCAGUCCGCCAAUAUCCACUAAAUCCUGGAGCAAUUGAAGAAAUGGGCCUGAUAAUCAAGGAGCUGAGCAUCUUGGGAGUCAUACGGGAGGAACCUAACCCCAUCACCAAUAGCCCGAUACAGGCAGUGAAAGAGCCUGAAUCGUCGGGGGGAGGAUGGAUGCCAGUUAUCAACUUUAAAGCCCUCAACCGCAGGACAUUGGCUAAUCAAGCCAGUCUAAUCAACCCCCAAAGAACGCUGAAAACUCUGAGACUGAAAAAAUAUAAGUCCUGCAUUAACCUGGCAAACGCAUUUUUCUCGCUGAGGCUAGCGAAGGCCUCGCAAGGCAAGACGGCAUUCACUCACAAGGGCAAGGCCUACGUUUGGGAGAGACUCCCUAUAGGAUACAAGAACUCUCCAAAAUGUUUCCAGUCUGCAGUAAUGGACAUCUUGGACGGCCUGGAGGCGACCAUAUACAUCGCCAAUGUAUUCAUUGCAGAUGACAUGGAGAAACAGCACCUGGAGAGACUGAAAAGAGUGAUCGAGCGACUUACAGCGGCAGGAUUGAAGUUGAACCUCAUGAAGUGCCAGUUUGGACAACAUCAGGUGAAUUAUCUGGGGUUCCAGGUCUCUACGGGCCUGGAAUUGUCAGAUGAGUACAGGGAAAAGGUGGAGCGGAUCAAACCACCUGCCUCGCUAUACGAACUUCAGAAAGUGCUGGGGCUCUGCAACUAUGUUAGAGAUCAUGUUCCCAGCUACCAGAGGUAUGCAAGGCCGCUAUGUGCACGAUUGAAGAAGAAAGAACCUGAAGAAGCUCGCCAAUUGUGGGAAUGGACAGCUACAGACCAAAGUAACCUGGAAACCCUAAAAACAGCCAUCAAAGAAGCAUUGAGGCUGGAACCAAGAAGCCUGACGGCGAAGCUGGUAGCAGAGGUCAGUUGCAACAAGGAUGAUGCAGUGGUCAGAGUCAGCAAUGAAGAUGGAGGAAUAGUGACUCUAUGGAGCUACACUCUGUCAUCGGUGGAGAAGAAAUACCCGGCCGAAGAAAAGGAGUUAGCGAUACUGGCAAGGUACUGGAGUGCCUUGAAAAACCUGGCUCGGGGGCAGGGUAUCAAAGUCCUCACCCAAAGCCAAGUUCAUUGGUUCCUGAAGAAAGCCACUGUGAAAAGUUCAAAAGCAACGAAGGCAAGGUGGAGGCAAUGGGAAGACAUCCUACUGGACCCUGACAUCAACAUUGGCCCUGCACAGCCCGUCAGCAAUAAGCUAACAAUGGAGAAGUGGGACGAGACGCCUAAAGGAAGGAUAGUCCCAGAAGAGAGCGUGAUGGAAGUGGUGCAGGCCGUGCACGAAGCACUAGGCCAUGCAGGCACCGGUCCUACGAGCAAGGAACUGCAAAAGCAGCGACUCUGGAUUCCUGAACUAGAAAUCCGUCGAAUCCUCAAAGACUGUGAGUUGUGUGGUCAAUACAACACAGGGCCGAGAGGGCAGCGGGUUGACGGACUUGCCAUUAAAGGUACCGUACCCUGGCGGUCAGUGUGCAUGGAUGUCUCUGGACCAAUGGGGGUGAUUGGGGAGAAAGGUGAAAAGUAUCUCUUGGUGCUUGUGGACUCUAUGUCAGGAUACGUAACCACAAGAGCAGUAAGAAAGGCUAAUGGCAAAAGUGUCGUUAGCAUGCUGGACCAAGUCUGUAGCAACCUAGGGGUGCCUAGGGAGCUCAGGACUAACAAUAGUACACAUUUCUGCAAUGCCAAAGUGGACCAGUGGUGCCAGCAGUAUGGGGUAAUGAGGAUUUACUCUCUCCCGUACACACCCCAGGCAAACGAGGUGGUGAAAUGUACCAUUGGCUUGGUGAACAAUUGGAUUGGAAAAAAUGGCAACUCCAGAGAAUGGAGUACAAAGACCCUAGACAUCGGGGUUGCCUUGAAUGACAGAUGCAGGAGUGACAGACCCUCCCCCUCGGAGGAGCUGAAUCAUCGGCCAUUUAAGUUACAGUAAUUGGGGCGGGGUUCUGAGGAUUAAAAAAAACGAAGCUCAGGUUACGGGUCCCACUUGAUCAAGGCUGAAGAGAUUUCAGCUGACUCUGCAGUCAAGGUCAAGUACGACAAAUAUGACAUAGUUAAGAAGAUUUUGGACAGCAACACAGUUCAACUCAAGAAAAGAGGAAUCCAGGGAGUCAGGCAACUGAAACCGGUUCCUAGAAAUUUAGCAUAACCAAAGAGUUGAUUCAUGCAUUUAUGUAUUGUGAAUUGAUAUGAAGUGAUUUAACAACUGUAAUUUGAUUGUAACAAUGGGUCUGUUGACAGAAAGUACUAGAAAGUUUGGGGAUCAUACUGGUUGUAUGUGUCUUCAUGGGACCAGGACGGUUUUGACAGUUGAGUCAAAUAGAGGAAGUGCUGCUGCAUGUGUCAGGAUGUGACAACGGGUCUCUCUGUCUUUCUUGAUGAGACAGAGUGUGUGCAGCUACCAUUGACCAUAUAAGGAAGUAUAUCCUGUUUGAUCAUAAUGUGUGUGUAAAAAUGAAUACUAUGAAUAGUCAUGUGCUACUGACCGAGAGCGUGUGGAAAAGGGGAAUGGCUUGACCGAACAAUAAAUAAAGAUCGAGUUGGGAUCUGACGCUGGACAGCAUCAAGUACUCGGCUGUAUACCUCAAGAGAAGCAUCGGAGGACUCCGUCUCUGUUCACCACAAGGAGAACGCCGUUUGUGAGCAAGAAUUGUCAGAUGGAGAUUUCCCUCUCCCCCCCCUGCUUGAAACCGGACAAUAAAUAUAUCAGAAUGGUCACUGUCAAUGCGGUGGUUACCAUAAGAAGAAGUAUGAAGCGGACGUCCACCGAGAGUUUACAAAACUGAAAUGUCUACGACACAAUCUGAACGAAUAAACUUCUUUCCGGAACUACUCUCUCAACCCAAAAGGUCACUUAGUGGUUGAACACUCAAGUACAUGUGUCUGGACUGUCAAAAAAGAAGGUUGAGAUCCCAGGAAAGCUGCCUUAAAUGAAGGAAUACAGUUCGAUAUGAAAGUAGGCUAAAGGGACAC